AUGUCAAAAAUAGAGAAAAUGAGCAUACUCGGUGUCCGAAGCUUUGGAGUAGAGGAUAAGGACAAGCAAGUCAUAACUUUCUUUACUCCGCUGACAAUUUUGGUGGGACCAAAUGGAGCAGGGAAAACUACUAUUAUUGAGUGCCUCAAGUAUAUCACAACGGGGGAUUUUCCACCUGGGUCUAAAGGAAACACAUUUGUCCAUGAUCCAAAGGUUGCUCAUGAAACAGAUGUUAGAGCCCAGAUUCGUCUUCAACUCCGAGAUGUCAAUGGAGAACUUGUGGCUGUGCAACGGUCUAUGGUGUGCACUCAGAAAGGGAAAAAAACUGAAUUUAAAACAUUGGAAGGCGUGAUCACAAGGAUGAAGCAUGGAGAGAAAGUCAGCCUUAGUACGAAAUGUGCAGAAAUGGACAGAGAGAUGAUCAGUGCAUUAGGAGUGUCCACUGCCGUUCUGAACAGUGUCAUCUUCUGUCACCAGGAAGAUUCCAGUUGGCCUCUCAGUGAGGGAAGACAGCUGAAGAUAAAGUUUGAUGAGAUCUUUUCAGCAACCAGGUAUAUUAAAGCCUUGGAAACUUUGCGUCAGGUGAGACUGAAGCAAUCCCAGCGGGUGAAAGAAUGUCAAGCAGAGCUGAAGUAUCUAAAACAGAAUAAAGAGAAAGCAAGUGAAAUCCAAGACCAGCUCCAGGGUAAAGAGGCCCAGUUAUCAGCCUCUAAAGAGAAUGUGAAAUCUAUUAAUAACCAGCUUGAACCACUCAAAAGUCGGUUGGCAGAAAUUCAGAAAAACCUUUCUAAAGUAAUGAAGCUGGAUAAUGAUGUAAAAGCUUUGGAAAGCAGGAAAAAGAACAUGGAAAAAGACAAUCAGGAUUUAGAAGAUAAAAUAGAGAAGAUUUUCCAAGGGACAGACGAAGAGCUUAGUGAAAUGUACCAUAACCAUCAGAAGACUGUGAGAGACAAGGAGAGGAAGCUCAAUGAUUACCAGCGCGAGCUUGACCGAGAAAUUAAAGACUGCCAGAGGUUGAACCGAGAAAAGGGGGAACUGUUGGUGCAGCAAGGUCGCCUGCAGAUGGAGGCGGACCAGCACCAGCAACAUAUCCAAACUCGAGAUUUACUUAUGAAGACCAUGGCAGCUCAAUUGGAGCUUGAUGGAUUUGAACGAACGCCAUUCAAUCAGAGACAGGUAGCAAGCUUUCAGAAGCUAGUGAAAGAAAGGCAAGAUAAAGAUGAAAUGGAGGCUAACCAGAUAAUGAAGGAGUUUUCAGACAAAGAAGCAGCUAAACAGAGGCAAAUAGAUGAGAUCAGAGACAAGAAGACCGGCCUGGAACGAACGAUUGAGUUAAAGUCUUCCAUGCAGAACAAAAAACAGGGAGACCUAAGGAACAUCAAAACUGAGCUACAGCAACUGGAAGGUUCCUCUGACAGACUGCAAGAGCUUGAUGAAGAACUCCUAAAAACGGAGCGGGAACUGGAGAGUGUUGAACGGAACUGCAAUGUAGAAGCUCUGAGAUCAGAGGUUGAACAGCUUCAGAAUCAGAAGUCUGAACUGGACAGAACAGUGCGAAAGCUGGAUCAGGAAAUGGGGCAGCUCAAUGCCCACACAAUGACACGCACACAGAUGGACAUGCUGAAAAAGGAUAAAACUGAAAAAGAUGAUCAUAUUCGAAAGAUAAAAUCCAGACACAAUGAUGAAUUGACUUCUUUACUGGGAUAUUUCCCAACUAAGAAACAGCUUGAAGACUGGCUGUAUGCCAAGCAGAAAGAUAUCAAUCUGACAAGGGAUAAGCUGGCCAAGUUGAACAAGGAGCUAGUAUCAGCUGAGCAGAAUAAAAGCCACAUGAGCAAUGAGCUGCGGAAAAAGGAAGAACAAUGUGGAUCUUAUGAAGAAAAACUCUUUAAUGUUUGCGGUAGCCAAGACUUUGACAGUGAUAUGACACGCCUGCUGGAUGACAUAGAAAAGACAUCUAAACAGCGAGCAAUGCUGGCAGGUGCCACAGCUGUGUACACUCAGUUCAUCACCCAGCUAACAGAAGAGAAUCAGCCCUGCUGUCCAGUGUGUCAAAGGAUCUUCCCCUCAGAAGCUGAGCUGCAAGAUGUAAUUAAUGACAUGCAGUCCAAACUGCGUCUGGUUCCAGAUAAACUCAAGUCUACAGAAGGUGAUUUAAAGAGAAGAGAGAAAAAAGGAGGGAUGAGAUGACAGAACUGAAGCCAAUGAGGCAAAUGCUGAUUGAUCUUAAGGAAAAAGAAAUCCCUGAAUUAAGAAACCAGUUGGUGGCAAUAAACCGGGAAAUACAGCGUUUGAAGAAUGAUGUAGAAGAACAAGAAACUCUGAUAGCAACUUUUAUGUCUGAGGAAGACAGUGCAAAGGCCUGUCUACAGGACAUAUCCCUAAUGGAGAGGUAUCAGAUGGAGUUAAGAGAUGUGGAGCGGAAGAUAGCACAGCAUGCUGCUAAACUGCAGGGGGUGGACCUUAAUCGUACUGUUCAGCAGGUGAACCAAGAGAAGCAAGAAAAGCAGCAUAGUUUGGAUAAUGUUUCUGGUAAAAUUGAGCUGCUACGCCAGAGGAUACAGGACCAACAAGAACAAAUCCAACAACUGAAGAGUUCAGCUAAUGAGCUGCGAGCAGAGAAGCUUCAGAUUUCCAGCAAUCUUCAGCGUCGCCAGCAAUUAGAAGAGCAAAGUGUGGAGAUGACCACUGAGCUGCAGUGCCUGUCCAGAGAGAUAAGGGAAGCUCGAGAGCAAGUUUUCCCCCUGGAUAAUACUAUUGAAAAACUUCAGCAGGAGAAGAAAGAAAUCCUACAGAGGAAAGACUCCAGCUAUAGAGCAGUACAAGAAAGGCUAAAUGAUAUUAAAGAAAGAGUUAAAAAGAUCAGCUUGCAUGUGAAGGAUAUAGAAAAGUAUACUAGUGAUGGAAGAGAAGAAUUCAAAGAGCAAAAGGAAACUGAGCUGCAGGACUUAAUAGCACGUCUUAAUGACUGUGAAAAGCAUAAAGAAGUCAUUAACAAAGAAAUGAUGGCUGUUAGGCAGGAUAUUGAUACCCAAAAAAUACAGGAACGAUGUCUCCAGGAUAACUUAACCCUUAGGAAACGAGUGGAAGAGUUAAAGGUGGUUGAACAAGAGCGAGAGCAACUAUUAAAGGAAAUGGGGCAGAUGAAAGCUGCACAUCUAAGGAAUGAACAUCAAGAGUUGGAAAACAAAAUUGAAACACUGAAAACAAACCACAGCUUGGCUCUUGGGCGUCAGAAAGGAUUUGAGGAUGAAAUCUUGCGGUUUAAGAAAGAGCUUCGGGAACCCCAAUACAAAGAUGCUGAAGAGAAACACAGGGAGAUGAUGAUUGUUAUGAGAACUACAGAGCUGGCCAACAAAGACCUGGACAUUUAUUACAAGACACUGGACCAAGCCAUAAUGAAGUUCCAUAGUAUGAAAAUGGAAGAGAUUAAUAAGAUCAUUCGUGAUCUCUGGCGCAGCACUUAUAGAGGACAAGAUAUAGAGUACAUCGAGAUCAGAUCUGAUGCUGAUGAAAGUGUCUCAGCUUCUGAUAAGAGAAGGACAUACAACUACAGAGUUGUGAUGAUCAAAGGAGAUACUGCACUUGAUAUGAGAGGACGGUGUAGUGCUGCUGGCAAAAGGUUCUGGCAUCUCUUAUUAUUCGUCUGGCUCUAGCAGAAACAUUUUGUCUGAAUUGUGGAAUACUUGCCCUGGAUGAACCUACAACAAAUCUGGAUCGUGAAAACAUUGAAUCUCUUGCACAUGCAUUAGUUGAGAUCAUCAAAAGUCGGUCAAGUCAGCGAAAUUUUCAGCUGCUUGUGAUUACACAUGAUGAAGACUUUGUAGAACUUCUGGGGCGUUCAGAAUACGUGGAACAUUUCUACCGGAUUAAAAAGAACAUGGACCAAUGUUCUGAGAUUGCGAAGUGUGGUGUGAACUCCUUGGGAUCUUAUAUGCAUUAG